AGGGACACAAAUUGGAACUUAGACCUCUCCCUCUUGCUCUCUGUCGCUGAAGCUUGAGCAAGUCGACAUGCAGAUCUUCGUGAAAACUUUAACUGGGAAGACUGUCACUCUCGAAGUCGAGAGCAGUGAUACGAUCGACAAUGUUAAGGCCAAAAUUCAGGAUAAGGAGGGGAUUCCCCCUGAUCAGCAGCGAUUGAUAUUUGCCGGGAAACAACUGGAAGAUGGUCGAACUCUCGCAGAUUACAAUAUCCAGAAGGAGUCAACCCUUCACUUGGUUUUGAGGCUUAGAGGUGGAACCAUGAUCAAGGUGAAGACCCUUACAGGAAAGGAAAUUGAGAUUGAUAUUGAGCCGAUUGAUACCAUUGAACGGAUCAAGGAGAGAGUUGAGGAGAAAGAAGGGAUUCCUCCAGUGCAGCAAAGGCUCAUUUAUGCUGGAAAGCAGCUCGCAGAUGAUAAAACUGCCAAGGACUACAAUAUCGAGGGUGGCUCUGUUCUUCAUCUUGUGCUUGCUCUUAGAGGCGGUUUUCUCUGAUGUUUUUUCUCCCUCUUUCAUAACAUCCAAACUAUUCAAUCUUUCUUUUGAAUCUUGUGAACAUGGGUAUAUAGAUCCUAUAUUGUAAAAACACUUCUUGAGCUUUUAAAGGAAACAGAUUAAGAGGAGAUUGUUACUUUAGUCAGGAGCCUGGGUGUUCAGGUGGGAUGUCUCUUAACAAAUCGAUGUCCUAUAGGUUCUCUUUGGGUGUUAUACUCUUGUCAGUGGCACAAUUAAGUUUGUGCGUAUGGAUAUGAAAUAAACUGCAGUCUUUUGAGUUGGGACUUA